AUGUUGAGACGAAGUCGUCGUUUAUCAGAAGCUAAGGAAGCAACUAACUACAAUGGUGGUUCGAUCAGUAAAAAAAAGAUCAAAUUUGAUGAUAAUGAUGUGAUGACUUGUAGCAAAGAUGGAGAAACUGUUGCUAAUAACAGUUCGACGAGAGAGAAUCAUGAAGUGAUUUUAUCAAAGAAAUCAUCAAAAACAAAUCUGAAAGAUAUGCCUUUGAAAGAAAGAAGGAAAACGGUCGAUGAAAGGGAGAUUCUUGAUCAUAAAAGCUCAAAAAUGGAAGAUGUGGACUCUGUCAGCGAAAAUGUGCAAAAUUUCGGUGUUGAUGAGAAAGCGAGCACAUCGAAUACUUAUACGGAAGAGGCCAUCACAAAAUCGGAUAUGAUAAGUAUGGAUGGUGAAAGUUUGGCAGUAAUUUUAAAUCAAGGUUUGACGAGCAGUGAUGCUGAAAAAAUCGACGCAGUAUUGUUGAAAGCAGAUGCACGCACGAUAUCAGCAACGCUGAAUGACUUACCAGUCACACAAAUUAUACCUUUACUUAAGGAAAUUGAAUAUCGUUGCAGAAAUCGCAGACAUUUUGAGAGUUGUUGGAUGCGAUGGUUGCAGUGUAUUUUUUCUAAGCAUAUGGCUUAUCUCUGCACAAUUGGCACUUUAAAAGAAGAUUUAUCAUCUUUAUUUGGUUGGUUUAGUAAAAGAGCAGCAAAUAUGGAUGAGCUGUUGCAAGUAAGCGGUAAACUUUCCUUGAUCAAUGAACAAAUUAAUCGUCGCAUGUGUCCGCAGUUGUUUGUCUCGCAACAACCAAGUAUUUCUUUCGAAGAUGAUGGUGACAUAUCUGAAACAUCGGGUGAAAUGAAUGACCUUGACGAUGAAGAAGAAAGUGUUGAAAGUGUGGAAAAGUGGUGGGAUGACGAGGAAGUUGGAUCUGGUGAAAGUCACUUCUCAUCUGAUGACGGGAAUGGAAAAGGAAGAAGCGACUUAAAUCUCGAUGGGGAUAAUCAGGAUAUAAGUGAUGAUAAUAGUGAUUAUAUUGAUGAUGACGAUGAUGAUAAUGAAAAUGACAGUGAUAACAGUGAAAUAGAAAUGGAAUAUUGA